GAUGACCAAGGCCCGAUGGAGAUUCGGUGCACAGAAGAGGGUCCUGGACCUGGGAUCUUCAGAAGAGAGUUGGGAGAACAGCAGCAACCCACCUCUCAGUCCCAGCGCUGGUGCUGCCUGCAACGUGGCUGUGCGAUACUGGGAGCCCUGGGGCUCCUGGCUGGGGCAGGUGUUGGUUCGUGGCUCCUAGUAUUGUAUCUAUGGCCGGCCACCUCUCCACCCCUCUCCGGGACAUUGCAGGAGGAGGAGAUGACUCUGAGCUGCCCAGGAGUCACCAAUGAGGAAGAGUUUCUUCCAUCUCUUCCUAAAACAGUAUCUUUCAGAUUAAAUGGCGAGGAUCUCCUGCUUGAAGUGCAAGUAAGAGCUCGGUCAGACUGGCUCCUGGUCUGCCACGGGGGCUGGAACCCCACCCUGGGGAUACACAUCUGCCAGAGUCUUGGGCACCUCAGGCUCACUCAGCACAAGGCAGUGAAUCUGUCUGACAUCAAGCUCAACAGGUCUCAGGAGUUUGCCCAGCUCUCUUCUGGCCUGGAAGGCCACCUAGAGGAGGCAUGGCAGCCCAGCACUAACUGUCCUUCUGGCCGAAUUGUUUCUCUCAAAUGCUCUGAGUGUGGGGCAAGGCCUCUGGCUUCUCGAAUAGUCGGCGGUCAAGCUGUAGCUUCUGGGCGCUGGCCAUGGCAAGCUAGUGUGAUGCUUGGCUCCCGGCACACGUGUGGGGGCUCUGUGUUGGCACCCCACUGGGUAGUGACCGCUGCCCACUGCAUACACAGUUUUAGGCUGUCCCGCCUAUCCAGCUGGCGGGUUCACGCAGGGCUGGUCAGCCACAGUGCUGUCCGUCAACACCAGGGAGCUACGGUGGAGAAGAUCAUUCCCCACCCUUCGUACAGCGCCCAGAACCAUGACUAUGACGUUGCUCUCCUGCAGCUCCGGACGCCACUCAACUUCUCAGACACCGUGGGCGCCGUGUGCUUGCCGGCCAAGGAGCAGCAGUUUCCAAGAGGGUUGCAGUGCUGGGUGUCUGGCUGGGGCCACACCGACCCCAGCCACACUCAUAGCUCAGACACGCUGCAGGACACAGUGGCACCCCUGCUCAGCACCCACCUCUGCAACAGCUCAUGCAUGUACAGUGGGGCGCUCACACAUCGCAUGCUGUGUGCCGGCUACCUGGACGGAAGGGCAGACGCAUGCCAGGGGGACAGCGGGGGACCCCUGGUGUGUCCCAGUGGUGACACGUGGCACCUCGUAGGGGUGGUCAGCUGGGGUCGAGGCUGUGCAGAACCCAAUCACCCAGGUGUCUAUGCCAAAGUAGCAGAGUUCCUGGACUGGAUCCAUGACACUGUGCAGGUCCGCUAGCUGCAGGAGAAGCAGCUGCCGCCUCUGCUCCAGAACUGUGGAUCUAUGCAUGGAUCACUUCAGACCAAGAGGCAGCAACUGGGUCACAGGGCCUCUCCCAUAAGAUUUUGCUUCCAGUUCUUCUUC